AUGACCAAAUUAGUUCAUCGCCAAUGGAAGAGAGAACCAAAAAUAAUUGUUUGCUUAAAAAGUCUUUAUAAAUCUGAAAAUAUAAAUGAGGAAUUUUUAAAAGAAAUUGAAAAUCAACAUAAAUAUGGAGGAAAAUCAGCAAUUGUCAUUUAUGGCUUAACUAAAGAUCCGAACCAUAAUAACUAUAUGAUAGUUAUGCAGUAUGCAAGGCAAGGGAGUUUACGACAAUUAUUGGAUAAAAUCCGUAAUGGUAAGAGACCUGAAAUCAGAUGUGAAGUUCCUCAGUUGCUUUUGGAUUUAAUGGAGAAUUGCUACGAUGCUAACCCUCAAGCCAGACCAACUGCUAAAGAAUUAGUAGAUAUGCUGAAAAAAUAUCGACAAGAUAUUGCUAAUAAAGAAGGUGAAUUGAGUGCGCAAAUUGAGAAAAUUAAACCAGCAAAAUUAUAUUAUCAGAAACACAAACAAGCCAUUUAUACAUGUACACAUAUUAAAGAGCAAGAUGAGCAAGAUGAGCAAGAUGGGCAAGAUAAUUCGCAAAAUGGAGUAAAUUUAGAAUAUUACGAUUGA